AUGGGAUACCUUGCCUUAACACUCGACGUGCGUUUCGUGGAGCAGGUCUUCGAAAUGCUGAAGCCCCAUCUCCAUGAGCUCAAGGUGAAAUUGAAAAGCCGAGAGCACAUAGUUUUCCCACCCAUUAUUAAAUAUUCCUUUUGCAAAUUCGUGACCUCAGCAAUAGCGGAGCAGUUCAAAGAGUUGGGCGUUUUGAUCUAUGAUUUCGGUGAAUGUCCUUCACAAGGCAAUCCAUACCAUGCGGCAGCCUCAAAUAAUGCUGCAUUUCUCGAUUAUCUUUGGCGCAACCUGGACAUUCCUCCAUAUGCGCCGAAUAGGCAUGGUGACAGCCCUCUCACCAUUGCUCAACGAGGCCAUAAUGCCGAAGCAAUCAGAUGGUUCCGACUCAAGCGUCUUCUUCAAGUGGCCACUCUGAGGCAGAUAAAGCCUGCUCCGCGUAUUUAUAUCGCAAUCUGA